CAGUAAUAAUCGACCCUUUAUUGUAUGUGAUGUGCGAUACUUACAGUAAGGUGUUUUUUUGAAAAGAGUGAAGAGAGGAACUUAUUCCCGAAAUCGGAGAUUUUGAUUAUGCUAACACAAUCAGUUAUCGACAAAUUUGAGACUACUGUCUCAAAGAUCAUAUAAUCCAAGUAAAUGAAACUUUGAAAUUGCAGUCUAAGAAAAUUUAAAGUGGGAUAAAAUAUUAAAAUUUAGACCUUGGAUAUCAAAUGUCAGGCUUGGAACUCGUUGCUCGAGACAGCAAGUCUGAAAUAGAAAAUAAUGCUGAAGCUGCCAAAAUCUACUUUCACGAAGUCUACUGCAGAGACGACGAUGAAAGGAAUUGGUCUUUCUCUUAUCUCAGGGAGCAACUUUUACUGAAAAAUUCCCAAGAGCUGUUUAGAAAAUAUCAAAUGAGAAUACAACAUGCUUUGUUUGUUGAACUCCUCGUAUUCAAUUUAGCAUACAAUGCCUUAUCAUUUAGUGCUUUCCUUUUUCUGCCACAGUUGGAUUCACUAUCUGAGGUUUCUAUUGGCGCUGUAAAGACUGGACGAUGGUGCAGAAGUCUUAAUUUCUUUCUGAAUCUUGUCAUUUUCAUAGCAGCUUACUGUAAAGAAAACUUGUUUAAAAGUCCUUACACAAAAAUUACAGUAGCCGGCGUUGUCUUGGGAAGCAUGGUCACAGGAGAAAUGGCAACAACAAUUUACAGGAUCACUAAGGGUGAACUAGAACCGACAAUGAGACAAACAUACUACGUAGUUCUCACAACGUGUGUACUCCUACCAUUUCCUAGAAAAACUUAUAGUGCAAUAUCAGGGGCUUCAGUCAUAGUUAUUGACAUCACAUUAUCAAUUUUCAGCUCACUCAAUUCUAAUAAACUAGUAGUUCUGCUUGCUGAUUUAGCUUUCAUGACUACGACACUCUUUGUUGGUUUAUUCAUUAGAUACAUCAUAGAAAUCAUGAAUAGGCGUGCAUUUUUAGAUAGAAGAGAAUGUCUUGAAUCGAAGAUUAAGAUAGAAACUGCAAAAAAUCAAGAGGAAUUGUUUUUACAAAGUAUUCUUCCAGUGCAUAUAGCCAGAGAGGUUCGUGAAGAUUUAAGGAAUAUCAUAAAAAAUGCGAAUCAAAUACGCAUUGUUCACAAACCAUUUAACAAGCUCUAUGUAGAAAAGCAUAAAGGUGUCAGCAUUUUGUACGCUGAUAUAGUGAAUUCCAUGCUACUUACUGCAAGUCUUAAGGCAUCGGAUUUGGUUGCAACACUUAAUGAUCUAUUUGGAAGAUUUGACAAAUUGACAGAGAAAAAUAAUUGCAUGAGAAUAAAAUUUCUCGGAGAUUGUUACUAUCUAGUAAGCGGUUUUCCAGAAAAAACUUCCAAGCAUGCAGAUAAUUGUGUUUUGACUGGACUUGAAAUGAUUGAGACCAUUAGGAGGGUUCGUGAAAGAAGGAAUGUUAAUGUGGAUAUGCGCAUAGGUGUACAUAGUGGUAAUAUUUUAGGAGGAUUGCUUGGACUAAGAAAAUGGCAGUUCGACAUAUGGUCAAAAGACGUUACGAUUGCUAGUCACAUGGAGCAAGGCGGGGUGCCAGGCCAGGUCCAUAUCACGAGGAGCACAAAAGAGCAAUUAAUUGAUACUGAUUACGAUAUUGUUCCAGGAGAAGGUUAUUUACGUGACAGUUAUUUACAAGAGGAAGAAAUCGAAACAUUUUUAAUACGUCCCUCUCGUCCAUUGAAGAUAGCAUUUGAUAGCUUAGAUAGCUCAGAGAGCGAAAUGAAUAAAGAAUCGAAUAAUGCUCGAUUUCAACGACAAAUAUCAAGAGGAAUUUCGAAAAUCAGUCUUAAUGCAGCUACAAAGCGGCAGUCCAGCAAUGAAAGCCUUCUACCGCUGCAUAGACGUGGUGCAAGCACAGUUACAACAGACAACAGUUUAAACCAGUUCAGAAAGAUGGUGCGACAUGUAAAUAAAAUAAUGGAAAACACUAUCUAUAAGAUGGCUCUUAGCAAAAAAGAUCAGUGGUCAAGCAGUGUUGGUAUUCAUCCUCUCUUAUUGUUUUUUCGAGAAUUUGGAAAAGAAAAACCGUAUCUGGAGCAGCCAGAUCCACUCUUCAAACAUUAUUUACUCUGUGUGGUUGUAAUUUUUCUUGGAUUAACAACUAUUCAUUUACUCAUAAUGUCCAGUACCUUAGAGUUUUGGCUUACUUAUGGGGCAGCUCUUGUGCUUAUUAUAAGUGCAUGCGUUCCUGCUUGGUAUGGAUACAUUUGGAUAUAUCUAAAGCAAGAUGAAAACGAUCAAUUACUAAACUCAUCAGCUCUGAAAGUUUCUCGAACAGUAUGGAAAUCUACAGUGUUGCGAAUGACGAUAUGGUUUGUUGUAUCCAGUGUCGUACUGUUUUGCUCUCUUCAAGGACUAAGUGAUUGUUUCUUUAAUCCCGCUCACCGAGGAAAUUCAUCCUCAACACCAGUCAAGUUUUCUUCGGAUUUAGGCUGCGAAUAUCCUUGGUUCUAUACACUGUGUGCAGCUCUAGCCAUGACAACAACGUCUGUAUUCUUAAGAAUCCAUUUCCUUUUGAAACUCAUUCUCAAUGGAGUAGCUUUAUCAAUUAUUUGGUAUAGGAUGGACGAAGGCAAAGAAGACAUUUUCGAACAAGCAUCUGCAAAACUAAGUGAUUGGGAAGAAUUCGGCUUUCCGGCUGAUCGAAGUCAUUGCUAUUAUUUAACAUUUGUCCUUCUCAUUCUUCAUAUCUUAGACAGACAAAUAGAAUAUGUUUGUCGGUUGGAUUUUUUGGAGAAGGUCAAGCUAAGGGCAGAGCAAGAGGAAGUCAAAACAAUGGAAAUGUUGAAUCGUAUUUUGUUGUUUAACAUUCUACCUCCACACGUUGCCCGUUUUUAUCUCACCAUGCAGUUAGAAAGUCAUGGUCAGCGAGUGGAGGUGGGAUCAUUCCAUGAAGAACGUUGCGCCGUUGCUGUUCUCUUUGCAUCUAUUCCAAGUUUUGCAGAUUUCUAUUAUGAAGAUAAGCAGAAUGAAGAAGGACUACGAUGCAUUCAGCUCCUGAAUGAAAUAAUAUGUGACUUUGAUAAACUUCUUCGUCAAAGAGAGUUUCAAGCCGUGGAAAAAAUAAAAACUAUAGGCAGCACUUACAUGGCAGCAUGUGGGUUACAAACACAAGAAAAAGGUUCUUUAGUUUCAGAAGAAAAUCCAACCGGUAAUGUUGCAACAUUGUCUAAAUUUGCCGCAGCCAUGAUGCAUGCAUUACAUGAACUUAAUAAAGAUGCAAUGCAAGAUUUUCAACUCAGAGCAGGCAUUUCAGUUGGCCCCGUGAUGGCAGGAGUAGUUGGAACAGUAAAGCCUCAAUACGACAUCUGGGGAGAUACUGUGAAUGUCGCAAGUCGAAUGGACAGUACCGGCAUUCCCGGAAGAAUACAGGUCACAAAAGAAGUUGCUGAUUUGUUGUCUUCUGCAGACAAUCCUUAUCAAAUGGAAUGCAGAGGAGAAAUUUUUGUCAAAGGAAAAGGAAAGCUUACAACUUAUUUGCUAAAAACUUCUUAUGAUGAGCCAGGUUUUGAGACAACAGAGCUUUAAACAAAUAUAUCUCUUGAAAUUUCCCAUGUAUUGACAUUUACUAUGUAUUAAAACUGCAACAUUUCAAUC